GUUUUUAAUUUUAUGACCUGGUAAUAUAGACCUUUAGGUCAAUUUGCAGAUAGGUAAUUGGCGACGCACAGAAACAUACUCCUUAGAAGACACACAAAAAUGCUUCCACUUCACGCCAGUUUUGCCUGUCGAGUCGACCUAUUCGCGAAAAAAAGGUAUUACGGGCUCUACCGCUGUUAGUAUCCGUUUGCCAAGUUUCAAAUAAAUUCGAUCAAUAGCAACAUUAAACCUAUUAAUCUAACAACUAAUUCAAUGUCAUUACUCUGUCGAUACGACCUAUAUUUACAGAAACUAGUGCCAACUUUGCUGACAAGCCGAAAAUAGACAUAGUCGACUAGGGAGAACUCUUGUUCCAGUAAACGCGGUAAAUGGCUAAAAUAUGUAAUUAUGUUCAAUAUUCGCUGUUUUUCAGCUUAAUGGUCUUUUUAAGUAAAAAGAAGACUUUCUCUUUAUUAGAAUGAACUGUAUCUUCAAGGUUUAACCACAGUUUAAAUAACACUAACAGUUAUUUACCUAAUAACGUUAUUAAAUAUGCUACGAUUAUUGUAAUUUAUCGCUGACAAAUGAAAAAUAAGGAUAAAUUUUUGCCACUAUGCUUAACGAUAUCUGGAAAAAAUAACGAUAAAUGACUUUCAGGUGGAAUCAAUAUUUUUCAGCAGAUCUUUCACUUUUAAACCUAUGGAACUGAAAAACCUUCAAGUAAAGAAUGUUUAUCCUGUGAAUAGACCAUCUAUAGUCUCCGGUGAUUAGUGGCCAUUCAAUUGGAGCCAGGAACAAUUUGCCUGGUUUAUAUUAUGCUGACAGUAGGGCAGAAGCGUUGACCUUGCAAAGACUAUAUUGGCUCACUGGCGCCAGUUAGUGUUUAGCGCUACUGUACUGGUAUUAUAUAAACCAGGCUGUAAUAACUGUAUUUCGGUGACAUUACGGGAAAGAAUAUAUAUUGAAAGACACCUCAUGAUCAUUGCUGUUCUGGUUAAAAUUAUUUAAGCCUAAAUCUUAAAUAGCUACGUUAUUACAAGUAGUCGAGGUGAGUCGAGGUCAAACUAUAACAUACAUACCAAAGAGUAUAUAAUAUAAAUUUGUCGCAAUAAAUGGUUGUAACUCUUUGACAUACCUUUUUUUGAAAGUUUAAUUUAGUCUAUGGUUAUUCGUCAUCAACUAAUGUCAUUGGCUGAAAAUUGAAUUCUAACAAUUCUAUUGGUGGCUUUAAUUUCACUCGUUCUGAAUGGCCAAUCACUACUGAGUUUGCUGACGGAAACAAACCAUAUGUUAUAUUACUUCUAAUAUGGCGAACUUUCUUGAUCAUCAACAUCAUCCUCUGCAACACGUUUGACUAUUACGUAGUUGUUAUGGGAUGUUGGUUUAAUUGUGCAUCAUAUUCCUUUUUGAGACAUUUUUAUUCAUUUCACCAUCCUGAACAUAUCUUGUAAAAAUGAGUGUCGACGCAUACGGACCGAGUUCUCAAACUCUAACGUUUUUGGACACGGAGGAAGCGGAUCUUAUUGGUGCUGAUACGCAGGGGUCCGAAUUUGAAUUCACGGAUUUUACAUUACCAUCACAAAGCCAAACUCAGGCGUCACAACACGAUCAUGGUUUAAGUUCAUCGAACCAGGUGAAUGGAUUAGGACGUCAAGAUUUAAGUUCUAAGAUCACUGGCGUUACUAAUACUAUUGCAGAAUUGCAAUUUGAGGAGGAAGAUGAGGCUUUGUAUGGAAGUAAGGAGCUACCAGAACACGCAUGCAAAUACUGUGGUAUCCACGAUCCCGCCACUGUGGUAAUGUGUAACAUAUGUAACAAGUGGUUUUGUAACGGACGUGGUAAUACAUCUGGUUCUCAUAUCAUCAAUCAUCUAGUGAGAGCUAAGCAUAAGGAAGCAGCAUUGCAUAGAGAUGGGCCUCUCGGUGAAACAUUACUCGAGUGCUACUCAUGUGGAGCGAGGAAUGUAUUUGUUCUGGGUUUCAUACCUGCUAAAGCGGACUCUGUUGUGGUAUUGCUAUGUCGCCAACCAUGUGCAGCUCAAAGUUCAUUGAAAGACAUGAACUGGGAUCAAGAACAAUGGAAACCAUUGAUUUCUGACCGUGCCUUUUUAUCAUGGCUGGUAAAAGUCCCCUCUGAAACAGAGCAAAUGAGAGCACGUCAAGUGUCACCACAACAAAUCGGUCGUCUGGAGGAACUUUGGCGAGACAAUGUCGAUGCGACAUUUCAAGAUCUGGAGAAACCUGGAGUAGAUGAGGAACCCCAUCAAGUUCUGCUACGAUAUGAAGAUGGUUACCAGUACCAAAAUAUAUUUGGACCACUUGUAAAAUUAGAAGCAGAUUAUGACAAAAGGCUGAAGGAGUCGCAGACACAGGAGAACAUCGAAGUACGUUGGGACGUUGGUUUAAAUAAGAAGACAAUUGCCUUCUUCACUCUCGCUAAAACUGACAGCGACAUGAAACUAAUGCAUGGAGAUGAACUCCGAUUAAGAUAUGUUGGUGAAUUGCAUAAGACUUGGUCAGGUGUGGGCCAUGUCAUCAAGGUGCCCGAUAACUAUGGUGAUGACGUGGGUCUGGAACUGAAGAGCGGUGCUGGAGCGCCUUUGGAAUGUACAUCCAACUUUGUGGUCGAUUUCAUCUGGAAGAGUACUUCAUUUGAUCGAAUGCAGCUCGCUCUCCGCAAGUUCGCGGUGGACGAGUCGUCUGUGUCGGGCUACAUCUACCGCCGGCUGCUCGGCCACGAGGUGGAGGAGGUGCUGUUCCGCGUGCACCUGCCCAAGCACUUCAGCGCACCCAACCUGCCUGACCUAAAUCGAUCACAGGUGUAUGCUGUGAAACAUGCGCUUCAACGCCCUCUAUCGCUGAUCCAAGGUCCUCCGGGCACUGGAAAAACUGUGACGUCAGCUACGAUCGUGUACCAGCUGGUACGGCAGAGCGGCGGACCGGUGCUCGUGUGCGCGCCCUCCAACACCGCAGUCGACCAGCUCACCGAGAAGAUACACCGAACCGGACUCAAGGUGGUGCGGCUGUGCGCAAAGUCGCGCGAGGCCAUGGAGUCCUCGGUAUCGUUCCUGGCACUGCACGAGCAGGCGCGCGCACUCGGUUCCGCGGACUCGGAGCUGCGGAAGCUUACCCGUCUGAAGGAGGAGGCGGGCGAACUGGCAGCCGGCGACGAGCGCCGCUACCGCGCCCUGCGCCGCGCCGCCGAGAGGCGCCUGCUGGACGCCGCGGACGUCGUCUGCACCACCUGCGUGGGCGCCGGAGACCCGCGAGUAGCCCGCAUGCGCUUCCAGUCUAUCCUCAUUGACGAGGGCAUGCAGUCGACCGAGCCCGAGUGCAUGGUGCCCGUCGUGCUCGGCGCCCGGCAGCUCAUUCUCGUGGGGGACCACUGCCAGCUAGGCCCCGUCGUCAUGUGCAAGAAGGCGGCCAAGGCCGGUCUCAGCCAGAGUCUCUUCGAGCGUCUCGUCGUGCUCGGCAUCCGUCCCUUCCGCCUGGAAGUACAGUAUCGCAUGCACCCGGAGCUGUCACGCUUCCCCUCCGACUUCUUCUACGAGGGCUCCCUUCAGAACGGCGUGAGUGCAGAGGAUAGAAGACUACAUAAAAUAGAUUUCCCGUGGCCGCGACCGGACCGGCCCAUGUUCUUCUACGUGACGCAGGGACAGGAGGAGAUCGCCGGCUCCGGCACCUCGUACCUGAACCGCACCGAGGCCGCCAACGUCGAGAAGUUGACGACGCGAUUCCUCAAGGCUGGCGUCCGCCCUGAGCAGAUCGGCAUCAUCACCCCCUACGAGGGCCAGCGCUCGUACCUCGUGCAGCACAUGCAGUACCAGGGCAGCCUGCACGCCAAGCUCUACCAGGAGAUAGAAGUGGCCAGCGUCGACGCGUUCCAGGGCCGAGAAAAGGACAUCAUUAUUAUGUCGUGCGUCCGCUCCAACGAACACCAGGGCAUAGGUUUCCUGAGCGACCCGAGGCGUUUGAACGUGGCGUUGACUCGCGCCAAGUACGGCCUCAUCGUGGUCGGCAACCCGAAGGUGCUGAGCAAGCAGCCCCUGUGGAAUCACUUGCUCGCAUUUUACAAGGAGCGGCGCGUGCUCACAGAGGGACCGCUCUCCAACCUCAAGGAGUCCGCGAUCCAGUUCGCCAAGCCGAAAAAACUCGUCAACUCGCAGAACCCGGGGUCGCACUUCAUGUCUACGUCGAUGUUCGACGCGCGCGAGGCGAUGGUGCCGGGCUCGGUGUACGACCGCGCGCGGCCGCCGCGGGACCCGCUCGCGUACGUGGGCGCGCCGGCGUCCGCACACGCGGGCGUGCCCCCCGCCGCGUUCCCGCAGCGCGCCGCCCUGCGCGCUCGCCGUCGCCCGCCGCGCCUCUCGCAGGAACCGCUGUCGCAGCAGCCGCCGCUGUCGCUGUCGCAGGGCGCCUCGCAGCCGGACUUCAGCCAGGAGUCGACGGCACCGGACUGCCCCUCGCAGCCGGACGGGCUGCUGUCGCAAGACUCGUCGUACCAGGGCGGAUUCCGCGCGCGCUGCAGCCAGUACUGAGAGGGACGGAGCGAGCCGCAUCAGACCUCACUCCGCGGUGCCGACGGACGCGCCACAGCCACCGCCGCCGGGCACGGGGAGCGCCGCGAGCCGCCCGCAGCCGCCGCCGCACCACACGACGCGACACACGACACCCUACGGCUCUGAUACAGGGAUAGAGAUAAGUUCGGGCGACGUUGUCUUGGAAAUUGUUUAUCGGUUCAAAUUAUCAAAUGUCGAUUCUGUGAAAUUGUUCGUUUCGUCAAACAUGCCACGGAGUAAGUGUACGUUCAUUGAUCAUCACGUCAAAGUCUCGGUGUUUCUCAAACGGUCAUCUUCUAAAUGUUCCAUGUGGAAUUGUACGAAUAAAACUUAGGGAACGGCAAGUUGUAAUCCAUUCAUACUUUAGCAAUGUAUAGCAACUUAUUUUCACAUUAAAAUGAAAUAGUUU